AUGGAGUAUUUCAAGAAUCUCCCCAUGGAAACCACGAUAGACAUAUUAUCUCGUUUACCUGCUGAAUCGGUUAUGGAUUGCAAAUUAGUAUUCAAAGGUUGGAAUAAACUUAUUUCUCAUCCAUCAUUCUCUAAGAUCCACAUAAAUCGUCUUAUUGAUUCUGGUAAGUUGAGUUUUCUUAUUAGCAUCUUCGAUGAGUUGAAUUUACUUCCUACACCCAACCAAAUUUAUUAUUUUGGUUAUGGUAAGAACAAUAACAUCGUUAGCAAGAUCGAUGUGCUCCCUCAAGAGACAUAUAACUUUACUAUUGUUGGUUCCUGCAAUGGUCUGGUUUGUCUUUUCAAUUACGAUGAUACUAUUAUUAUUAGUAACCCCAUCAUCAAAGAGUAUGUCAUUCUUCCCAAACUUACACCACCUACCCAUAUAGAUGAAAGUUUAUUCAGCGGGUAUAUGUUCUGCGGAUUUGGUUACCUCCCCAAAACUGAGGAGUACAAAGUUGUCAGAAUGUAUAUGUUACUAAAAGAUUCUGAUUUUUUUGAAGUCGAAGUAUACACUCUUGGUAGUGGCUGUAAAUGGAUAAACAUAGGAAACUUCGAGUACACUAGGUUUGGAGGCAAAGUGGGUGUCUUUGUACAUGGUGCUCUUUAUUGGUUAUGUAGUGCAAAUAACGUCCUUGUCUUUGAUUUGGACGAUGAGAAGAUUAAGGAUAUUCCACUACCUGCGAUUCUGGAAAGAGACAACUCUUUAAGCUUUAUAAAUAUGCUUGGUGUUUCAGUUUGGCCUUUGGACGAUUUUUUGAUGUGUGUAGAAAAGAAUCUGGUGGAAGGUGUUAGGAUGAACUGGUGGUUGUUGAAGAUGGAAAGUCAUAUUGAUGAAAUGAAAAGUGGUGCGGUGUUGGGGAUUAAACAUAUUAACGGACGUUCCACUCUCCAUCGUUAUGACGUAGAAUCUUCAUCUCUGGAGACCCUUACCGGUAUUGAUCAACGUUUUGUUGGAUUGCCCUCCCAUCACAUGAAUACUUUGGUUUCUUUAGGAGCUCUUGGAGAACUAAUACAAAAGACAAGAGCAGAUCUUUAG